UCAGCUGGUGGCUGCUCUGUUUGUCUGCACUGAAGACUUUCACACUCAAAGAUCAGACAUCAUGGCACAGUUGAGUUUUCUGUCCUCUUUACUGGACAAGGUCCAGUCUCACUCCACGGUGGUCGGGAAGGUCUGGCUCACCGUGCUUUUCAUCUUCAGGAUGAUGAUCCUGGGAGCCGGAGCAGAAAAGGUGUGGGGUGAUGAACAGUCGAGUAUGGUCUGCAACACCAAACAGGUUGGUUGCAAGAACGUCUGCUACGACCAAGCCUUCCCCAUCUCACACAUCCGGUUCUGGGUCCUCCAGAUUAUCUUCGUCUCCUCACCCACACUGAUCUACCUUGGACAUGUCCUCCACGUCAUCCACAAAGAAAACAAAAUGAGGGAACACAUGAGGGACCACUCCGGUGAAGACUCCAAGUGCCCCAAGUAUUCAGACGAUAAAGGUCACAUCAAGAUCAAAGGCGACCUGCUGGGAAACUACCUGACCUCCAUAUUCUUCAGAAUAGUCCUGGAGAUGGCGUUCAUCGUGGGGCAGUACUACCUGUACGGAUUCAUCAUGGACCCGCUAGUCGUCUGCCAGAGAGACCCCUGUCCCUUCACCGUGGAGUGCUACAUGUCUCGACCCACAGAGAAGACCAUCUUCAUCCUCUUCAUGCUGACCAUGUCCUGCGUCUCUGUUUUCCUCAACCUUGUGGAGAUCAUCUACUUGCUCUAUUCCCGCUCAUCCAGGCGCAAGCAUAAAACACUGCCAGCCGCCGCUCUUGCCAUGCACCCACGCUUAAACGGUAACAGUCUGAUGACCAAUGAGAAGCUCAGCCUCCAUGUUGCCGGACACAGCACAGCUUGAGGAGAGUGCAAAUUCAAACAGAAGCAGGGUUACAGAGGAUUUAGGAGGUCGGAUAAAGAUGUGACUAUUGGGUCUCAAGUUGCACGAGACCAUGGCUCUCUGAGAGUUACUUAUUUAAUAUGACACUUAAAAAGGUUUGAAAAUGAACCAAAUUAAACACUUUUUAUGAAUGGCAGUACACAUUAAAAAUGUAAAAUGCACAAUACAAUGUAUUGCACAGUAUCACUGAAGCAAACUUUAUAUGUGUUCAAGGAAAAAGUGAGUAUUUGUUAUUUUUUGUUUCUUUUGUAAAUAUAACUUAAGAUUGGCGCCACCAAGUGGCACUUUGUUUAUAAUGAUUAUUAAUGCUGGAAGUGUGUAUUUUGUCUGAAGUUGAUCUAACAGCUGAUACCUCUGUGUGACUGUAUCAGUUUGCAAUGGUUGAAAGCUUUUUAACUGUGUUCUCUUAUUGUUAAAUAUAUUGGUAUGGCUGUUAG